UCGCCGGCGCGGGCAGCCCCUUUGUACUCCAGCUGGAGUAGAAACGAACGCGGGGCGCGCCUGCCGGUCGCUGGGUGACGGGCAGGGAGGCCGCCCGCAGGGCUGCGCGUGCGGACCCCCCGGCGGCUGCUUCCCCGGAGCAGCGUGGUCCUCACGGCCCGGCCCGGCCUUGAUGGAGAGGAGAAGCGGGACGAGCGCCGAGGCUGAGGCGGCGGCGGCGGCGGCGGGGACGCAGCGAGGACGACGACGCGGCGCGGCGAGGACCGGGACACGAGAAGGCAGAGGCGGCGGCGGCGGCGUCGCUGCCCCGGCCGCCUAGCGUCGCUGCCCGCCCGGGCGGACCCGGCUCCCGCACGCACCUCGCGCCCGCAGGGUCCCCGCCGGGCCCGCGGUCGCGUCCCCCCGCCGCUCCCUCCGCGGAGCCCCCCACCCCCCGGGCCCUCCCUGUCUCCGUAUUUACUUGUACUUGGUUACUCCAGACUGGAAAAACCAGCUAACCAGCCUAUAACACAUAUAUAAUUUCUAUGGAACAGUUAGAAAAGAGUGAACAAGUCAAGAGGAAAAUGAACAAAAAAUGUGUAGUGCUUCUUCAGAUCUGCUUCAGGAAGAAAGUGCCUGCUUUUCCUAUUGUUUAUCUGCAGGUUCAUGCCUGCCCAGAACAGAGAAUCAGAACUAGAAGUGUUUACCACCCACCAGCCAAGAUGAACAUGGUGAAGAGGAUCAUGGGCCGGCCGCGGCAGGAGGAGUGCAGCCCACAGGACAAUGCCUUAGGACUGAUGCACCUGCGCCGGCUCUUCACUGAGCUGUGCCAUCCUCCCCGGCACAUGACUCAGAAGGAACAAGAGGAGAAGCUGUACAUGAUGCUGCCAGUAUUUAACAGGGUUUUUGGAAAUGCUCCGCCAAAUACAAUGACAGAAAAAUUUUCUGAUCUUCUGCAAUUCACAACACAAGUUUCACGACUAAUGGUGACAGAAAUUAGAAGGAGAGCAUCAAACAAGUCCACAGAGGCUGCAAGUCGGGCCAUAGUCCAGUUCCUGGAGAUUAAUCAGAGUGAAGAAGCCAGUAGAGGCUGGAUGCUUCUGACAACAAUUAAUUUGUUGGCAUCCUCUGGUCAGAAAACCGUGGACUGCAUGACAACCAUGUCAGUGCCGUCCACCCUGGUGAAGUGUUUGUACUUGUUCUUUGACCUUCCCCAUGUGCCUGAGGCAGGCGGAGGUGCACAGAACGAGCUGCCUCUAGCAGAACGCAGAGGACUACUCCAGAAAGUUUUUGUACAGAUCUUAGUGAAGCUUUGCAGUUUCGUUUCUCCAGCAGAGGAGCUGGCUCAGAAAGAUGAUCUCCAGCUUUUAUUUAGUGCAAUAACCUCUUGGUGCCCUCCCUACAAUCUUCCUUGGAGGAAGAGUGCAGGAGAAGUCCUGAUGACCAUAUCCCGGCACGGGCUUAGUGUCAAUGUAGUGAAGUAUAUUCACGAAAAAGAAUGUUUAUCUACAUGUGUUCAGAAUAUGCAGCAAUCAGAUGACCUGUCUCCCCUAGAAAUUGUUGAAAUGUUUGCUGGGCUUUCUUGUUUCCUCAAAGAUUCCAGUGAUGUUUCCCAAACUCUUUUGGAUGAUUUUCGGAUAUGGCAAGGAUAUAAUUUCCUUUGUGAUCUUUUGCUUAGAUUGGAACAAGCGAAAGAGGCAGAAUCCAAAGAUGCCUUGAAAGACCUGGUUCAUCUGAUAACUUCCCUAACAACAUACGGGGUCAGUGAACUCAAACCAGCCGGUAUUACCACAGGGGCGCCUUUUUUAUUGCCUGGAUUUGCAGUCCCUCAGCCUGCAGGCAAAGGCCACAGUGUGAGAAACGUCCAGGCCUUCGCAGUUCUUCAGAAUGCAUUUUUAAAAGCAAAAACCAACUUCCUUGCCCAGAUCAUUCUUGAUGCUAUCACAAAUAUUUACAUGGCCGACAAUGCCAAUUAUUUCAUCCUAGAAUCACAACACACACUGUCACAGUUUGCAGAGAAGAUUUCUAAACUCCCCGAAGUACAAAACAAAUACUUUGAGAUGCUGGAGUUUGUUGUUUUUAGCUUAAAUUAUAUUCCCUGUAAAGAACUUAUUAGUGUUAGUAUCCUCUUAAAAUCUAGCUCUUCUUACCACUGUAGCAUUGUUGCAAUGAAGACACUUCUUAAAUUCACAAGGCAUGACUAUGUGUUUAAGGAUGUGUUCAGGGAAGUGGGCCUUCUCGAGGUCAUGGUAACUCUUUUGCAUAAAUACGCUGCCCUGUUGAAGGACCCAGCUCAGGCACUGAAUGAACAAGGAGACUCAAGAAAUAACACUUCAGUUGAAGACCAAAAGCAUCUGGCUCUUUUGGUCAUGGAGACUUUGACAGUGCUUCUCCAAGGAUCAAACACAAAUGCAGGCAUAUUCCGCGAGUUUGGAGGUGCACGCUGUGCACACAACAUAGUGAAGUAUCCUCAAUGCCGGCAGCACGCCCUGAUGACUAUCCAACAGUUGGUACUCUCUCCAAAUGGGGAUGAUGACAUGGGCACACUGCUGGGCUUAAUGCACUCAGCUCCACCCACAGAACUGCAGCUGAAGACGGACAUUUUAAGGGCCCUCUUGUCAGUACUUCGAGAAAGCCAUCGUUCCAGAACAGUUUUCAGGAAAGUUGGAGGAUUUGUGUACAUUACUUCCUUGCUCGUUGCUAUGGAGAGAUCCUUAAGCUCGCCACCGAAGAAUGGCUGGGAGAAAGUGAACCAGAAUCAAGUGUUUGAGCUUCUCCACACUGUGUUCUGCACACUGACUGCAGCCAUGCGCUAUGAACCAGCCAACUCUCAUUUCUUCAAAACAGAGAUUCAGUAUGAGAAAUUGGCAGAUGCUGUUCGAUUUCUUGGCUGUUUCUCAGACCUAAGAAAAAUAAGCGUCAUGAAUGUCUUCCCCUCAAACACACAGCCAUUUCAAAGACUUCUUGAGGAAGAUGUGAUCUCAGUGGACUCGGUGUCACCCACUUUGCGACACUGCAGUAAACUCUUUAUUUAUCUCUACAAAGUAGCAACAGAUUCAUUCGACAGUCGUGCAGAACAGAUCCCUCCUUGCCUGACAAGUGAGUCUUCUCUCCCCUCUCCUUGGGGGACACCAGCUUUGUCGAGGAAAAGGCAUGCAUAUCAUUCUGUCUCAACUCCCCCUGUGUACCCCGCAAAGAAUGUUGCUGACCUGAAACUGCACGGGACAGCUUCACCUCUGCAGAGUUCUGAUGCAGUCGUCAUCCACCCGGGAGCCAUGCUGGCCAUGCUGGACCUCCUGGCCUCUGUGGGGUCUGUGACCCAGCCAGAACACGCUUUGGACCUUCAACUAGCUGUGGCAAAUAUUUUACAAUCCCUGGUGCACACAGAGAGAAAUCAGCAAGUCAUGUGUGAAGCUGGUCUUCAUGCGAGACUCCUGCAGAGGUGCAGCGCAGCACUGGCUGACGAGGACCACUCCCUGCACCCUCCCCUCCAGCGAAUGUUUGAGCGCUUAGCCUCCCAGGCCCUGGAGCCCAUGGUGCUAAGGGAGUUUUUACGUUUGGCAAGUCCUUUAAAUUGUGGUGCCUGGGACAAAAAAUUGCUCAAACAAUAUAGGGUCCACAAACCAAGCUCAUUGAGUUAUGAACCAGAGAUGAGAAGUAGCAUGAUCACUUCCCUGGAAGGUCUGGGUUCUGAUAAUGUUUUUAGCUUCCAUGAGGAUAACCAUUAUCGGAUAAGUAAAAGCCUGGUAAAAUCUGCAGAAGGAAGUACUGUACCUUUGACGAGGGUGAAAUGUUUGGUCUCCAUGACAACCCCACAUGACAUCAGACUUCAUGGGUCAUCAGUUACUCCAGCCUUUGUUGAAUUUGACACAUCUCUUGAAGGGUUUGGCUGCCUGUUUCUGCCUAGUUUGGCCCCUCAUAACGCCCCCACCACCAAUGCAGUUACAACAGGGCUUAAUGAUGGGGCUGUCGUCAGUGGCCUUGGUUCUGGUGAAAGAUUCUUUCCUCCUCCUUCUGGCUUAAGCUACUCCAGCUGGUUUUGCAUUGAACACUUUAGUUCUCCUCCUAAUAACCAUCCAGUCCGACUCCUCACGGUAGUGCGUCGAGCAAAUUCAUCUGAGCAGCAUUACGUGUGCCUGGCCGUAGUUCUGUCAGCAAAAGACCGAUCAUUGAUUGUUUCCACUAAAGAAGAACUACUCCAAAAUUAUGUUGAUGACUUUAGUGAAGAAUCCUCUUUUUAUGAGAUUCUGCCAUGCUGUGCUCGCUUUCGAUGUGGAGAGCUAAUAGUGGAGGGACAGUGGCAUCAUCUGGUUCUGGUGAUGAGCAAAGGCAUGCUGAAAAACAGCACCGCAGCCCUCUACCUAGAUGGACAGCUGGUUAGCACAGUCAAGCUUCAUUAUGUUCACAGCACUCCCGGGGGUUCAGGCUCUGUGAACCCCCCAGUGGUGAGCACAGUCUAUGCCUACAUUGGUACUCCACCUGCACAACGUCACAUUGCCUCAUUGGUUUGGCGCCUGGGACCCACCCACUUUCUAGAAGAAGUUUUACCUCCUUCAAGUAUUAUUUCCAUUUAUGAACUUGGACCAAAUUAUGUUGGAAGCUUUCAAGCUGUAUGCAUGCCAUGUAAAGAUGCAAAAUCUGAAGGCAUUGUUCCAUCUCCUGUGUCAUUAGUUCCAGAGGAAAAGGUAUCGUUUGGCCUCUAUGCCCUCUCUGUGUCCUCCUUAACAGUGGCAAGAAUCCGGAAAGUGUAUAACAAGUUGGAUAGCAAAGCCAUUGCCAAACAGUUAGGCAUUUCCUCCCAUGAGAAUGCCACUCCUGUGAAACUGAUUCACAAUGCAGCAGGCCAUCUUAAUGGACCUGCAAGGACCAUUGGGGCUACACUGAUUGGAUACUUGGGAGUGAGAACAUUUGUCCCUAAGCCUGUUGCCACUACUUUGCAGUACAUUGGAGGAGCUGCAGCCAUCCUGGGCCUCGUGGCCAUGGCCUCUGAUGUGGAAGGGCUAUAUGCAGCAGUGAAGGCCCUGGUUUGUGUCGUCAAGAGUAACCCACUAGCCAGCAAGGAAAUGGAACGAAUCAAGGGUUACCAGUUGCUGGCAAUGCUGCUUAAGAAGAAACGUUCUCUUCUGAACAGCCACAUCCUCCAUCUAACUUUUUCCUUGGUGGGAACCGUUGAUAGUGGACACGAGACCUCCAUUAUACCAAACUCAACUGCUUUCCAAGACCUUCUUUGUGAUUUUGAAGUCUGGCUGCAUGCACCCUAUGAACUUCAUCUUUCCUUAUUUGAACACUUCAUUGAACUGCUUACAGAGUCCAGUGAAGCCUCAAAGAAUGCCAAGUUAAUGAGGGAAUUCCAGUUAAUCCCAAAGCUGCUCCUGACUCUUCGAGACAUGUCCUUAUCCCAGCCCACCAUUGCUGCUAUUAGUAAUGUGCUAAGCUUCUUGCUUCAAGGUUUCCCCAAUAGCAAUGAUCUGCUCAGGUUUGGACAGUUUAUUUCUUCUACUUUGCCAACCUUUGCAGUUUGUGAGAAAUUUGUAGUUAUGGAAAUAAAUAAUGAAGAGAAACUUGACACUGGAACUGAAGAAGAAUUUGGAGGUCUUAUAUCUGCUAAUCUUAUACUUUUGAGGAACAGACUUCUGGAUAUAUUGCUAAAACUAGUUUAUACAUCUAAAGAAAAAACAAGCAUUAAUUUGCAAGCUUGUGAAGAACUGGUCAAGACCCUGGGCUUUGACUGGGUCAUGAUGUUUAUGGAAGAACACUUGCAUCCCACCACAGUUACAGCGGCCAUGAGGAUUCUUGUCGUCUUGCUUAGUAAUCAGUCUAUUCUCAUCAAAUUUAAAGAAGGACUCAGUGGUGGAGGAUGGCUUGAACAAACGGAUUCUGUCUUAACUAAUAAGAUUGGAACUGUAUUAGGGUUCAAUGUGGGCAGGAGUGCCGGUGGGAGAUGGACGGUCAGGGAGAUUAACCGGGAUGCCUGUCAUUUUCCUGGUUUUCCAGUUCUCCAGUCAUUUCUUCCUAAACACACUAAUGUCCCUGCCCUUUAUUUCCUCCUCAUGGCCUUGUUUCUGCAGCAGCCAGUUAGUGAGCUGCCUGAGAACCUGCAGGUCAGUGUGCCUGUCACCAGCAGCCGAUGUAAGCAGGGUUGCCAGUUUGACCUGGAUUCUAUAUGGACAUUUAUCUUUGGAGUUCCUGCCUCCAGUGGGACUGUGGUCUCCUCUAUCCACAAUGUGUGUACAGAGGCUGCUUUUCUUCUGUUGGGAAUGCUCCGUAGCAUGCUGAAUUCACCCUGGCAGUCAGAAGAAGAGGGGUCUUGGCUUCGAGAAUAUCCCGUGACCCUGAUGCAGUUCUUCAGAUACUUAUAUCACAAUGUCCCAGACCUUGCCUCCAUGUGGAUGAGCCCUGAGUUUUUAUGUGCCUUAGCAGCAACUGUCUUCCCCUUCAAUAUUCGACCUUACUCAGAGAUGGUUACUGAUCUUGAUGAUGAAGUUGGAUCUCCAGCCGAAGAGUUUAAGGCCUUUGCAGCGGACACAGGAAUGAACAGGAGCCAAUCAGAAUACUGCAAUGUGGGCACCAAGACAUACCUGACCAAUCACCCAGCUAAAAAGUUCGUGUUUGACUUUAUGCGGGUCUUAAUAAUAGACAACCUGUGUCUUACCCCAGCCAGCAAGCAAACUCCACUGAUUGAUCUUUUGUUGGAGGCUUCCCCUGAAAGAUCUACAAGAACGCAGCAAAAAGAAUUUCAGACUUACAUCUUGGAUAGUGUGAUGGAUCAUUUGCUUGCAGCUGAUGUGUUAUUGGGGGAAGAUGCAUCUCUGCCUAUUACGAGUGGAGGAAGCUACCAGGUAUUGGUGAACAAUGUGUUUUAUUUCACACAACGUGUGGUGGACAAGCUUUGGCAAGGCAUGUUCAACAAAGAAUCUAAACUUCUUAUAGAUUUUAUAAUUCAACUAAUUGCACAGUCAAAGAGAAGGUCACAGGGAUUGUCACUGGAUGCCGUUUAUCACUGCCUCAACAGGACCAUCUUGUACCAGUUCUCACGGGCACACAAAACUGUUCCUCAGCAAGUAGCUCUCCUCGAUUCGCUCAGGGUCCUUACUGUAAACAGGAACUUGAUCCUAGGACCUGGAAACCACGACCAAGAAUUCAUUAGCUGUCUUGCUCACUGCUUGAUUAAUCUACAUGUUGGAAGCAACGUGGAUGGAUUCGGAUUGGAAGCAGAAGCCCGCAUGACCACGUGGCACAUCAUGAUCCCCUCUGACAUCGAGCCGGAUGGUGGCUGCAGCCAGGACAUCAGUGAAGGGCGUCAGCUUCUCAUAAAGGCUGUCAACAGAGUUUGGACGGAGCUGAUACAUAGUAAGAAACAAGUCCUGGAGGAGCUUUUCAAAGUGACUCUGCCUGUGAAUGACAGGGGUCACGUGGACAUAGCCAUAGCCCGACCGCUCAUCGAAGAAGCUGGUUUGAAAUGCUGGCAGAACCACUUGGCCCAUGAAAAGAAAUGCAUAAGUCGAGGAGAAGCCUUAGUGCCCACCACACAAUCCAAACUGUCUCGGGUCAGCAGUGGCUUUGGCCUUUCCAAGCUAACAGGAUCAAGAAGAAAUCGAAAGGAAAGUGGUCUUAAUAAACACAGUCUUUCCACCCAGGAGAUUUCUCAAUGGAUGUUUACACAUAUUGCUGUUGUACGUGACCUAGUAGACACACAAUAUAAGGAAUAUCAAGAGCGUCAGCAGAAUGCCCUGAAGUACGUGACGGAGGAAUGGUGCCAAAUUGAGUGUGAGCUGCUGAGGGAGCGAGGACUUUGGGGGCCCCCCAUUGGUUCCCAUCUAGACAAGUGGAUGUUGGAGAUGACAGAAGGUCCCUGCAGAAUGAGGAAAAAAAUGGUGCGAAAUGACAUGUUUUAUAACCAUUACCCCUAUGUGCCAGAAACAGAGCAAGAGACAAACGUGGCGUCUGAGAUCCCAAGUAAACAGCCCGAGACACCCGAUGAUACCAUUCCUCAAAAGAAGCCUGCCAGGUACAGAAGAGCCAUAAGUUACGACAGUAAAGAGUACUACAUGCGCCUGGCCUCUGGCAACGCAGCCAUCGUCCAGGACACCAUUGUGGAGAGUUCAGAAGGGGAAGCUGCCCAGCAGGAGCCAGAGCAUGGCGAGGACACCAUUGCCAAAGUCAAAGGUUUGGUCAAGCCUCCUUUAAAACGCUCUCGAUCUGCACCUGAUGGAGGAGAUGAGGAGAACCAGGAGCAGCUACAAGACCAGAUUGCAGAGAGCAGCUCUAUAGAAGAGGAGGAGAAAACAGACAAUGCCACUUUGCUGCGCCUCUUAGAAGAAGGAGAAAAGAUCCAACACAUGUACCGUUGUGCUCGAGUCCAGGGCCUGGAUACCAGUGAGGGGCUACUUCUUUUUGGGAAAGAGCAUUUUUAUGUGAUUGAUGGAUUUACCAUGACAGCAACCAGGGAAAUAAGAGAUAUUGAAACCUUGCCUCCAAAUAUGCAUGAACCAAUUAUCCCCAGAGGUGCCAGGCAAGGCCCCAGUCAACUCAAGAGAACAUGCAGCAUUUUCGCAUAUGAAGAUAUCAAGGAAGUGCAUAAAAGAAGAUAUCUCCUACAGCCUAUUGCUGUUGAAGUUUUCUCUGGAGAUGGACGGAAUUACCUCCUUGCUUUUCAGAAAGGAAUUAGGAACAAAGUCUACCAAAGGUUUCUGGCGGUAGUGCCAUCUCUAACCGACAGUUCAGAAUCUGUGUCUGGACAGAGACCCAACACCAGUGUGGAGCAGGGAUCUGGAUUGCUUAGCACUUUGGUUGGAGAGAAGUCUGUAACUCAAAGAUGGGAGAGAGGUGAAAUCAGCAACUUCCAGUAUUUGAUGCACUUGAACACUUUGGCGGGCCGAUCCUACAAUGAUCUCAUGCAGUACCCAGUCUUUCCCUGGAUCCUGGCAGAUUACGACUCAGAGGAGGUAGAUCUUACUAAUCCCAAGACAUUUAGAAACCUGGCCAAACCAAUGGGAGCACAGACAGACGAACGAUUGGCUCAGUAUAAGAAGCGGUUUAAAGAUUGGGAGGAUCCUAAUGGAGAAACUCCAGCAUACCACUACGGGACCCAUUAUUCAUCUGCAAUGAUUGUGGCCUCAUACCUUGUAAGGAUGGAGCCUUUCACCCAGAUAUUCUUGAGACUACAGGGCGGUCACUUUGACCUUGCUGACCGGAUGUUCCACAGUGUGCGUGAGGCCUGGUACUCAGCGUCAAAGCACAACAUGGCAGAUGUGAAAGAACUGAUCCCGGAGUUCUUUUACUUACCAGAGUUCCUGUUCAACUCCAACAACUUUGAUCUAGGCUGUAAGCAAAAUGGCACUAAGCUUGGAGAUGUUAUUCUUCCACCCUGGGCGAAAGGAGACCCUCGAGAAUUCAUCAGAGUCCAUCGUGAGGCGUUGGAAUGUGACUAUGUGAGCGCGCAUCUGCAUGAGUGGAUUGACUUAAUCUUCGGCUAUAAGCAGCAGGGCCCAGCCGCAGUGGAAGCUGUCAAUGUAUUCCAUCACCUUUUUUAUGAGGGUCAGGUGGAUAUCUACAACAUCAACGACCCGCUGAAAGAGACAGCCACCAUCGGGUUCAUUAACAACUUCGGCCAGAUCCCAAAACAGCUAUUUAAAAAGCCUCACCCACCGAAGCGAGUGAGGAGUCGACUCAAUGGAGACAAUGUGGGCAUGUCUGUCCCUCCAGGAUCCACAAGUGACAAGAUCUUCUUCCAUCACUUGGACAACUUACGGCCUUCCCUAACCCCUGUGAAAGAACUCAAAGAGCCUGUGGGACAAAUCGUAUGUACAGAUAAAGGCAUUCUUGCAGUAGAACAGAACAAGGUUCUUAUCCCACCAACAUGGAACAAAACUUUCGCUUGGGGCUAUGCAGACCUCAGCUGCAGACUGGGAAACUAUGAAUCGGACAAGGCAGUGACUGUUUAUGAAUGCUUGUCUGAAUGGGGCCAGAUUCUCUGUGCCAUCUGCCCCAACCCCAAGCUGGUCGUCACAGGUGGCACGAGCACUGUGGUCUGUGUGUGGGAGAUGGGCACCUCAAAAGAAAAGGCAAAGACCCUCACACUCAAGCAGGCCUUACUUGGCCACACGGAUACUGUUACCUGUGCCACAGCCUCGCUUGCCUAUCAUAUAAUCGUCAGUGGGUCUCGAGACCGAACCUGCAUCAUUUGGGACUUGAACAAGCUGUCAUUUCUCACGCAGCUCCGGGGCCAUCGAGCUCCAGUUUCUGCUCUUUGUAUCAAUGAAUUAACAGGAGACAUCGUGUCCUGCGCUGGCACGUGUAUCCAUGUGUGGAGCAUUAAUGGGAAUCCCAUUGUGAGUGUGAACACAUUCACAGGUGGGAGCCAGCACAUCGUCUGCUGUUGUGUGUCAGAGAUGAACGAAUGGGACACGCAGAACGUCAUAGUGACAGGACACUCGGAUGGAGUGGUUCGGUUUUGGAGAAUGGAAUUCCUGCAAGUUCCUGAAACCCCAGCUCCUGAGCCUGUUGAAGUUCUAGAAAUGCAGGAAAACUGUCCAGAAGCACAAAUAGGGCAGGAAGCUCAGGAGGAGGACAGCAGCGACUCCGAGGCCGAGGAGCAGAGCGGCGGCCAGGACCCGAAGGACGCGCCCAGCCAGCCCGGCAGCGCCUGCCACAGGCCGCGGGCCGCCUCGUGCCGCGCCGCGGCCGCCUGGUGCACCGACAGCGGCUCCGAUGACUCCAGGCGCUGGUCCGACCAGCUCAGUCUAGAUGAAAAAGAUGGCUUCAUAUUUGUGAACUAUUCCGAAGGCCAGACCAGAGCCCAUCUGCAGGGGCCCCUGAGCCACCCCCACCCCAGUGCCAUCGAAGUGCGGAGUUACAGCCGAUUGAAACCUGGGUACCGGUGGGAGCGGCAGCUCGUGUUCCGGAGCAAGCUAACUAUGCACACGGCCUUCGAUCGCAAGGACAACGCGCACCCCGCUGAAGUCACCGCCCUGGGCAUCUCCAAGGACCACAGCAGGAUCCUCAUUGGUGACAGCCGAGGCCGCGUGUUCAGCUGGUCUGUGAGUGACCAGCCAGGCCGCUCGGCUGCUGACCACUGGGUGAAGGACGAAGGCGGGGACAGCUGCUCCGGCUGCUCAGUGAGGUUCUCCCUCACCGAAAGACGACACCACUGCAGGAACUGCGGACAGCUCUUCUGCCAGAAGUGCAGUCGAUUCCAGUCAGAAAUCAAACGCCUGAAGAUCUCCUCCCCAGUGCGUGUUUGUCAGAACUGUUACUAUAACUUACAGCACGAGAGGGGGGCAGAAGAGGGGCCGCGGAAUUGUUGAAGAUGGAACUAGCUGAGCGGACACCCUGGUCUGUAGACCUUCUCCCAUUCCCGCCUCCGCAUCGCGGCAGCCUCCGUUCACAUCCCUCAUGCUGUGUGUGACCCGUGGAGCCCGAAGGGGUCGUGGCCUCCGGGGCGGAGGGCAGCGAGCAGAGCAGCGAGGCCGCGGGUUCGGAUCCUCCGGAUCCCAUUCUCCCUGCUAACAGUAGCCGUCUCCGAGAGAGAAAUCCUCACUCCUUACCUGUCUCUCCUGCAUCUCAUUUUUAUAGAGCUCCUCAUCCUUAUUUGGGAAAACCAACAACAAAAAAAGGCUUUUAGAAAAUGGUUGUAAAUCCGACUUCUUUGCAAGGAACUGUGUAUAUUGUAAAUAGAUAUAAAGGCCUUUUUUUCUAAAUAAGGACCUGACUGCCUGUAACAUGAGACUUCAAACUAAACCACUAACUCAAUGAACUACUUAUGGUUUGUCUAACAUCUCUCACUUACCAAUUAAUUACAAAUAUUUUUUUUAAAUCCUCAGAGACAUUACCUGUGGUCUUUUUUCUUUUUUUAGUUUUCAAAUCUUGCCUGUGUGCCUGAUACCAUUUCUUUCCAAGUUGCCCACAGUAUCUCCACUUACGCUAGGCUAGUAACCAAAAUAACACAGACCUUCUUUAGGAACCAGUGUGGCAGAAGAGAGGCCCCGCCAUAAGAAAGGCCGGAAGUUCCGGAAGUCUUGUGCCUGGCCCUGUGCCACCUCAGUGUUGUUCCUACGUUGAUGGCCCCAGGUAACCUAUGUGCAGCCUGCGGUGGUCAGAAUGCCUUCUUAGCCUGGGGGAGGGGCCAGCGACCUUGUAGUGCCGGCCACAGCCCUGCCUCUAAUAAUGGGAAUAUCUUUGCAUGUAACCCCAAAUUAGCUUCUCUUGCAUAGAAUAUCAUAAGUAUGUGUCUUUGGUGACACUAAAGUUCUACUAUAGCAUAUUUUCUAAAAAGGGUAAAGGAAAAAAGAGUGUACAGAAGUCACAUUUAAACCUUGUUGUAAAACUGGAUCAUGUCAGAACUGCUUAAAAUUAACUUUACCACUUAAUGUCAUCUACCUGAAAACAGUGAAAUUUAUACUGUAUCGAUGUCUAUUUUUUUGUUUUUGCUAUGAAUAUAAUUACAGUAUUUUAAUAUUUAGUUAUUUAAUUUGUUAGUUGGAUACAGACAUACAAAUCCAGUGGGGGGUUAAAGCUGGUGGGGGCUAAGAGAGAAGUUUAGUUUACAGAGGGAAAAGAAAGCUUUGGUGGUGGGAUUUUUUAAAAAAUGUGUGUUAUGUACAUAAAUAUAAAUAUAUAUAUAUGAAAUCAAAUAAUAAAACAAUUAAUCUAGAUUUUAACAUUUUCAGAUACUUAGCGAUAAUAGUAUGGACGAUUCUAAAAUCCCUGUGAUUUGAACAGCAUAGCAUCAUGAACGGCCCAGGAAAGGAAGGCCAGGCCUCCCCGGGCACGGAGGUGGGUGUGCAAAGGGCACGGCGCUGGGUCUCCCCCUUUUCACCGUUAGGCCUGCUGACAGGCACAGCGAUGCACUGACACGCAUAUGCACAUGCAUUCAAAACUAGGCAUUGGGGACCGUAGUGAUCGCGUACCUUCUGGGCUGACACAAGCGGAAGGGCAGAAAGUUCUUCCUGAUAACUAGGUCUCCAAGAGAAAGUCUAAAGGCUGCUUUCAGUGCCUUAUGCUUACUAAAUUUCAAUCUUUCUUUACCAAGGUUUGAGCCUACAGUCUGUUAGGAUUCCAUAUCAAAAUCGAUUCCAACACUUCCAUUUCUAAAAGUUGAAAUAUACUUGUGAAUAAAAGGAUUCUCGGCAUUAAUUCCUUCACUU